AUGGCUAUUCAAAACAAACUAAUAAACGCAAAAAAACAAGAACUUGAACAUAUUGCUAAAAAAUUUAAUACAUACUCUAGCUCUACUUACCACAAAAAACAAAUACUAAGAAACAAUAUUUCAAACUCUACAGCUCCUAAUCUCUUUUCUGACUCUACAAGAAUUACUCAACUUCAAACUACAUUGAAUCAAGUUAGAGGAUAUUUUUCAAAUCAAAGCAAUCAUAUAAUCCAUACCGAAUUCAAAAUAAAUAAAGGCAAAACACCAGUAUACUUCAAACAUGAUACAGAUCCCAUUCCGUCUACUCCAUCUACAAGCAGUACUUCCAACCUUACCCAUGAAGAUUCCAAUGAGAAUCAAAAUUAUUCUGACUAUUCGACUUCUGAAUAA